AACACGAGGAAAAAUCCAGAUAACCGUCAAAUCCUGUAAGAAAAAGACAACGAAACGAAAACACUUGACUCCUUAUCUUCAGUGACGACCGCUCCCUCGCUACCCUCCUCUCAUCCCUCCACGUGUCUCCCGAAGCUUCCAUUUCCAACAGAUAAACCCUCCCUCCACCAAUCACCCACGGGCCACUACCCUCCUCAAACAAUCUUUAUCCUCUGCACCUCGAAAACAGCACUCUAUUUUCUUAUGUAUAUAUUAAAAUAACAAUAUAAAUUAUUUUUCUUGCUGCCUUAUUGGGUCACUUUUUUUCUUUCGUUCAAUAUUUGGCUCUUUGUUUUUGUUUUUUGGUUUAGAGAGAUGGAUCAUGCAGCAGAUGCUCAUAGGACUGAUUUGAUGACAAUAACACGUUUCGUGUUGAACGAGCAAUCCAAGUAUCCUGAGUCUCGUGGGGAUUUCACCAUCUUGCUUAAUCACAUCGUUCUUGGUUGCAAGUUUGUUUGCUCUGCUGUUAACAAGGCUGGUCUUGCCAAACUCAUCGGACUCGCUGGGGAGACUAAUGUUCAGGGUGAAGAACAAAAGAAAUUGGAUGUGCUUUCAAAUGAAGUCUUUGUCAAGGCUUUAGUAAGCAGUGGCAGAACAUGCAUCCUUAUCUCGGAAGAAGAUGAAGAGGCGACUUUUGUAGAUCCCUCAAAGCGUGGGAGGUACUGUGUUGUUUUUGAUCCUCUAGAUGGUUCCUCCAACAUUGACUGUGGAGUUUCCAUUGGAACAAUUUUUGGGAUUUACAUGAUAAAAGAUAACCAUGAACCAACUCUAGAUGAUGUACUGCAACCUGGUAAGCAAAUGCUGGCAGCUGGCUAUUGCAUGUAUGGAAGCUCUUGCACGCUUGUUUUGAGCACCGGAGAAGGAGUUAACGGAUUCACCCUUGAUCCAUCUCUUGGAGAGUUCAUACUAACUCACCCAGAUAUCAAGAUUCCAAAGAAAGGGAAGAUCUAUUCAGUUAAUGAAGGAAAUGCUAAGAACUGGGAUGGUCCAACGGCCAAAUAUGUGGAAAAGUGCAAGUUUCCCAAAGAUGGUUCUUCUUCAAAGUCUCUGAGAUACAUUGGAAGCAUGGUAGCUGAUGUCCAUCGUACAUUACUCUACGGGGGUAUCUUUUUGUACCCUGCAGAUAAGAAGAGCCCCAGUGGAAAACUACGCAGUGUUCUGUACGAGGUCUUUCCAAUGUCGUUCCUGAUGGAACAAGCCGGAGGUCAGGCAUUCACCGGCAAACAACGGGCACUUGACUUGGUGCCAACAAAGAUACAUGAGAGAUCUCCAAUAUUUCUUGGCAGCUUUGAUGAUGUCGAAGAUAUCAAAGCACUCUAUGCUGCUGAAGGGAAAAAGGAAUAAAUGUACAAAUUCUCACUCUCACUCUACUUAGAUAGCUUCACUUGGCUUCGGUUUUAAAUCGUGUUUAAAACAUAUAUUGUAUUUGUUACGGGAGUUUUACUGUUUAUCCAUGGAUAUAUUUUUAAAUUUGUUUUGCUCCUGUCAUGUUAAUCUUUUCUGUAUCUUUUUGAGUAUCAACUUGGGAAGAAA